CGGCUGCCAUGGUUGCCCUGUCCCUCAAGAUCGGCAUCGGCAAUGUGGUCAAGACGAUGCAGUUUGAGCCCUCCACCAUGGUGUACGAUGCUUGCCGCAUCAUCCGCGAGCGGGUGCCGGAGGCGCAGAUGGGGCAGCCCAAUGACUUCGGCCUGUUUCUGUCGGAUGAGGACCCCAAGAAAGGCAUCUGGCUGGAAGCUGGAAAGGCUUUGGAUUACUACAUGCUGCGCAAUGGGGACACCAUGGAGUACAGGAAGAAGCAGCGGCCCCUGAAAGUGCGCAUGCUGGACGGGACCGUCAAGACCGUCAUGGUGGACGAUUCAAAGACUGUCACAGACAUACUCAUGACCAUCUGUGCCAGGAUUGGUAUCACCAACUAUGACGAGUACUCUCUUGUGCGGGAGAUCAUGGAGGAGAAGAAGGAGGAGCAGACUGGCACCCUCAAGAAAGACAAGACCCUCCUGCGGGACGAGAAAAAGAUGGAGAAGCUCAAGCAGAAACUCCACACGGAUGAUGAGUUGAACUGGCUGGAUCACGGACGCACUCUGCGGGAGCAGGGCAUCGAUGAAAGUGAGACGCUGCUCCUCCGGCGGAAGUUCUUCUAUUCGGACCAGAACGUGGAUUCCCGGGAUCCGGUGCAGCUCAAUCUCCUCUACGUGCAGGCCCGAGAUGACAUCCUGAAUGGCUCUCACCCCGUCUCCUUUGACAAGGCCUGCGAGUUUGCUGGCUACCAGUGUCAGAUCCAGUUUGGUCCCCACAAUGAGAUGAAGCACAAGCCAGGAUUCUUGGAUCUGAAGGAUUUUCUGCCCAAGGAGUAUAUCAAGCAGAAGGGGGAGCGCAAGAUUUUCAUGGCCCACAAGAAUUGCGGCAACAUGAGUGAGAUUGAGGCCAAGGUCCGCUACGUGAAGCUGGCCCGCUCCCUCAAGACGUACGGGGUCUCCUUUUUCUUAGUCAAGGAGAAAAUGAAGGGGAAGAACAAGCUGGUCCCCCGCCUGCUGGGCAUCACCAAGGAGUGCGUCAUGCGAGUGGACGAGAAGACCAAGGAGGUCAUCCAGGAGUGGAACCUCACCAACAUCAAACGCUGGGCGGCCUCGCCCAAAAGCUUCACUCUGGAUUUUGGAGAUUACCAGGAUGGCUACUACUCAGUGCAGACGACGGAAGGGGAACAAAUUGCCCAGCUCAUCGCCGGCUACAUCGACAUCAUCCUGAAGAAGAAAAAGAGCAAGGACCACUUCGGGCUGGAGGGGGAUGAGGAAUCCACCAUGCUCGAGGACUCCGUGUCUCCCAAAAAGUCAACAGUGCUGCAGCAGCAGUUCAACCAGGUGAACAAGGUGGAGCAUGGCUCUGUGGCUCUCCCAGCCAUCAUGCGGCCUGGGGCAGGGGGGCCAGAGAACUUCCAGAUGGGCACCAUGCCCCAGGCCCAGCAGCAGGUGACCAGUGGCCAGAUGCACCGUGGGCACAUGCCCCCUCUGACCUCCGCUCAGCAGGCCUUGACGGGCACCAUCAACUCGAGCAUGCAGGCCGUGCACGCUGCCCAGUCCAACCUGGAUGACUUUGAGACCCUGCCUCCUCUGGGACAGGACGCGGCCUCCAAAGCCUGGCGCAAGAACAAGAUGGAUGAGUCCAAGCACGAGAUCCACUCACAGGUGGAUGCCAUCACUGCGGGCACCGCCUCUGUGGUCAACCUGACUGCGGGUGACCCUGCCGAGACAGACUACACAGCCGUAGGCUGCGCCGUCACCACCAUCUCCUCCAACCUGACAGAGAUGUCCAAAGGGGUCAAGCUGCUGGCGGCGCUCAUGGAGGACGAGGGCGGCAACGGGCGGCAGCUCCUGCAGGCCGCCAAGAACCUGGCCGGCGCCGUCUCGGAGCUGCUGAAGACUGCGCAGCCGGCCAGCACCGAGCCACGGCAGAACCUCUUGCAAGCGGCAGGUGCCGUGGGGCAGACAAGCGGAGAGUUGCUGCAGCAGAUAGGGGAGAGCGAUACUGACCCCCAUUUCCAGGACAUGCUGAUGCAGCUGGCCAAGGCCGUGGCGAGUGCUGCAGCAGCUUUGGUCUUGAAGGCCAAGAACGUGGCCCAGAAGACGGAGGACUCCGCACUGCAGACCCAAGUGAUCGCGGCAGCCACGCAGUGCGCCCUCUCCACCUCCCAGCUGGUGGCUUGUACCAAGGUGGUGGCCCCCACCAUCAGCUCGCCCGUGUGCCAGGAGCAGCUCAUUGAGGCCGGGAAGCUGGUGGCCAAGUCUGUGGAGAGCUGCGUGGAUGCCUCCCAGGCGGCCACUGACGACCAACAGCUGCUGAAGCACGUGGGGGUGGCAGCCACGGCUGUGACGCAGGCCCUCAACGACCUCCUGGAACACAUCAAGCAACACGCCACGGGUGGGCAGCCGAUCGGGCGCUACGACCAGGCCACCGACACCAUCCUCAACGUCACGGAGAACAUCUUCAGUUCCAUGGGGGAUGCUGGGGAAAUGGUGCGUCAGGCACGGAUUCUGGCCCAGGCGACCUCUGACCUGGUGAACGCCAUCAAGGCUGAUGCCGAGGGGGAAACAGACCUCGAGAACUCACGGAAACUUCUGAGUGCUGCCAAGAUCCUGGCUGAUGCCACUGCCAAGAUGGUGGAGGCAGCAAAGGGGGCUGCAGCCCACCCGGACAGCGAAGAGCAGCAGCAGCGGCUGCGGGAGGCAGCGGAGGGGCUCCGGAUGGCCACCAACGCCGCGGCCCAGAAUGCCAUCAAGAAGAAGCUGGUGCACCGGCUGGAGCAUGCAGCGAAGCAAGCGGCCGCUGCCGCCACCCAGACCAUUGCGGCUGCCCAGCAUGCAGCCACGGCCAACAAGAACCCUUCUGCCCAGCAGCAGCUGGUGCAGAGCUGCAAGGUGGUGGCUGAGCAGAUCCCGAUGUUGGUGCAGGGGGUGCGCGGCAGCCAGGCUCAGCCCGACAGCCCCAGCGCCCAGCUGUCGCUCAUCGCUGCCAGCCAGAACUUCUUGCAGCCCGGUGGGAAGAUGGUCACUGCCGCCAAGGCCACCGUGCCCACCAUCGUGGACCAGGCGUCUGCCAUGCAGCUUAGCCAGUGCGCCAAGAACCUGGCAGCGGCUCUAGCCGAGCUCCGCACCGCAGCACAGAAGGCCCAGGAGGCCUGCGGGCCCCUGGAGAUCGAUUCUGCCCUCAGCCUGGUGCAGAGCCUGGAGCGAGACUUGCAGGAAGCCAAGGCAGCUGCGCAGGAGGGCAAGCUGAAGCCGCUGCCGGGAGAGACGAUGGAGAAAAGUGCCCAGGAUCUGGGGAACAGCACCAAAGCGGUGAGCUCUGCCAUUGCCCAGCUGUUGGGAGAGGUUGCCCAGGGCAAUGAGAACUACACAGGGCUGGCAGCCCGAGAUGUGGCCCAUGCGCUGCGCUCCCUGAGCCAGGCGGCACGGGGGGUGGCAGCCAACACCGAGGAGCCCCAGGCGCAGGUGGCCAUGCUAGAGUGUGCCGGAGACGUGAUGGACAAGGCCGGCAACCUCAUCGAGGAGGCUCGCAAGGCAGUGGCGAAGCCAGGGGAUCCCGACGGCCAGCAGCGCUUGGCGCAGGUGGCCAAGGCAGUGUCGCAAGCCCUGAACCGCUGUGUGAACUGCCUGCCUGGGCAGCGGGACGUUGACGCGGCCAUCCGCACCGUGGGCGAGGCCAGCCGGAAGCUUCUGGCUGACUCGUUCCCGCCCAGCAGCAAGAACUUCCAGGAGGCGCAGAGCCACCUCAACCGGGCCGCAGCUGGCCUGAACCAGUCAGCCAAUGAGCUGGUGCAGGCAUCGCGUGGGACCCCCCAGGACCUGGCCAAGGCCUCGGGCAAGUUUGGCCAAGACUUCAAUGAGUUCCUGCAGGCUGGUGUGGAGAUGGCUGGGCAGUCCCCGUCCAAGGAAGCCCAGACCCAGGUGGUCUCUAACCUGAGGAGCAUCUCCAUGUCAUCCAGCAAGCUGCUGCUGGCAGCCAAAGCCCUUUCUGCGGACCCUGCCGCCCCUACCCUCAAGAACCAGCUGGCCGCUGCUGCACGGGCGGUGACAGACAGUAUCAACCAGCUGAUCACCAUGUGCACCCAGCAAGCCCCGGGCCAGAAGGAGUGUGCCAAUGCCCUGCGGGAGCUGGAGACAGUGCGGGAGCUCCUGGAGAACCCCACCCAGGCGGUCAACGACAUGUCCUACUUCAACUGCCUGGACAGUGUCAUGGAGAACUCCAAGGUCCUGGGAGAAGCCAUGGCAGGCAUUUCCCAGAAUGCAAAGAACAGCAAGCUGCCUGAGUUUGGAGACUCCAUUAGCACCGCCUCGAAGGCCCUCUGUGGUUUCACUGAAGCGGCUGCCCAGGCAGCCUACCUUGUUGGCGUCUCUGAUCCCAACAGCCAGGCUGGCCAGCAAGGCCUGGUGGACCCCACCCAGUUUGCCAGAGCCAACCAAGCCAUCCAGAUGGCCUGUCAGAACCUCAUUGACCCUGCCUGCACCCAGUCACAGGUCUUGUCGGCUGCCACCAUCGUGGCCAAGCACACGUCCGCCCUCUGCAACACCUGCCGCCUGGCCUCCUCCCACACGGCCAACCCUGUGGCCAAGCGCCAGUUUGUUCAGUCUGCCAAGGAGGUGGCCAACAGCACCGCCAACCUGGUCAAGACCAUCAAGGCUCUGGAUGGGGCUUUCACCCCUGAGAACCGUGAGCGCUGCCGUGAAGCCACAGCUCCCCUCAUUGAGGCUGUGGACAAUCUGACCGCCUUUGCCUCCAACCCGGAGUUUGCAACGGUGCCUGCCCAGAUCAGCCCGGAGGGUCGCAGAGCCAUGGAGCCCAUCAUCUCCUCUGCCAAGACCAUGCUGGAGAGCUCUGCUGGCCUGAUCCAGACGGCUCGCUCACUCGCCAUGAACCCCAAGGACCCCCCCAAGUGGUCAGUGCUGGCGGGGCACUCACGGACCGUCUCGGACUCCAUCAAGAAGCUGAUCACCAACAUGAGAGACAAGGCGCCCGGGCAGCGGGAGUGCGACGAGGCCAUUGAGGUGCUGGCCAGAUGUAUCCGGGACGUCGACCAGGCCUCCUUGGCAGCCAUCAGCCAGCAGCUGGCCCCCCGCGAGGGCAUCUCCCAGGAGGCCUUACAUGACCAGAUGCUGAUGGCCGUGCAGGAGAUCAGCAACCUCAUCGAGCCGGUGGCCAACGCAGCACGAGCCGAGGCCUCCCAGCUCGGGCACAAGGUGUCCCAGCUGGCCCAGUAUUUCGAACCCUUGGUCCUGGCCGCCGUGGGGGCCGCCUCCAAGACCCUCAAUCACCAGCAGCAGAUGAACCUGCUGGACCAGACCAAGACGCUGGCGGAGUCGGCCCUGCAAAUGCUCUACACAUCCAAGGAGGCGGGGGGCAACCCAAAGCAAGCAGCUCAUACGCAGGAAGCCCUGGAGGAGGCUGUGCAGAUGAUGAAGGAGGCUGUGGAGGACCUCACUACCACGCUGAACGAGGCUGCCAGUGCGGCAGGGGUAGUGGGGGGCAUGGUGGACUCCAUCACACAAGCCAUCAACCAGCUGGAUGAGGGCCCCGUGGGAGAACCCGAGGGGACCUUUGUGGAUUACCAGACGACCAUGGUGAAGACAGCAAAGGCCAUUGCUGUGACUGUCCAGGAGAUGGUCACCAAGUCCACCACCAACCCAGAUGAGCUGGGCACGUUGGCCAACCAGCUCACCAGUGACUAUGGCCAGCUGGCGCACCAGGCCAAGCCCGCCGCCCUCACUGCUGAGAAUGAGGAGAUCGGCUCCCACAUCAAGAACCGGGUGCAGGAGCUGGGCCACGGCUGUGCGGCACUUGUGACCAAGGCGGGGGCCCUCCAGUGCAGUCCCAGCGACGCUUACACCAAGAAGGAGCUGAUUGAGUGUGCCCGCAGAGUCUCAGAGAAGGUGUCUCAUGUGCUGGCUGCGCUACAAGCUGGCAACCGCGGCACCCAAGCGUGCAUCACAGCAGCCAGCGCCGUGUCGGGCAUCAUCGCUGAUCUGGACACCACGAUUAUGUUUGCGACUGCCGGGACCCUGAAUCGUGAAAAUGUAGAGACCUUUGCUGAUCACCGGGAGGCCAUCCUGAAGACCGCCAAGGCCCUGGUAGAGGACACCAAGGUCCUGGUUCAGAAUGCCACGGCCAGCCAGGAGAAGCUGGCCCAAGCCGCCCAGUCCUCCGUGGCCACCAUCACUCGGCUGGCGGAGGUGGUGAAGCUGGGGGCAUCCAGUUUGGGCUCUGAGGACCCCGAGACUCAGGUGGUGCUAAUCAAUGCUGUGAAGGACGUAGCCAAAGCUCUUGGGGACCUGAUAAGCGCCACUAAGGCAGCGGCUGGCAAAUCUGGAGACGACCCAACGGUGUACCAGCUGAAGAACUCUGCAAAGGUGAUGGUCACCAACGUCACUUCGCUGCUGAAGACGGUGAAGGCUGUGGAGGACGAGGCCACGAAGGGGACCCGAGCGCUGGAGGCCACGAUUGAGCACAUCCGCCAAGAGCUUUCCGUCUUCUGCUCCCAGGUGCCGCCUGCCAAGACCUCCACCCCAGAGGAUUUUAUCCGCAUGACCAAAGGCAUCACCAUGGCGACUGCCAAGGCUGUAGCGGCUGGCAACUCAUGCCGCCAGGAGGACGUGAUUGCCACCGCCAACCUGAGCCGCCGGGCCAUCGCAGACAUGCUGCGCUCUUGCAAGGAAGCUGCCUACCACCCGGAGGUGAGCCCCGAUGUCCGGCACCGAGCCCUGCGCUUUGGCAAGGAGUGUGCCACCGGCUAUCUGGAGCUGCUGGAACACGUGCUGGUGAUCCUCCAGAAGCCAAGCCAUGAUCUGAAGCAGCAGCUGGCCGGGUACUCCAAGCGGGUGGCCGGCUCUGUGACCGAGCUCAUUCAGGCCGCAGAAGCCAUGAAAGGGACCGAGUGGGUCGAUCCGGAGGAUCCUACGGUCAUCGCAGAGAACGAACUGCUGGGCGCAGCAGCUGCCAUCGAGGCUGCCGCCAAGAAGCUGGAGCAGCUGAAGCCACGGGCCAAGCCCAAGCAGGCGGACGAGAGUCUCAACUUCGAGGAGCAGAUUCUGGAGGCUGCCAAGUCCAUCGCUGCAGCGACCAGCGCCCUGGUGAAAGCCGCCUCGGCUGCCCAGAGAGAGCUGGUGGCCCAGGGGAAGGUGGGUGCCAUCCCAGCCAAUGCGGUGGACGACGGGCAGUGGUCUCAAGGGCUCAUUUCAGCAGCCCGGAUGGUGGCCGCUGCCACGAACAACCUGUGUGAGGCAGCGAAUGCCGCCGUCCAGGGCCACGCCAGCGAGGAGAAGCUCAUCUCUUCGGCCAAGCAAGUGGCCGCCUCCACGGCACAGCUGCUGGUGGCAUGCAAGGUCAAGGCCGACCAGGACUCUGAGGCCAUGAAGCGCCUGCAGGCUGCCGGCAACGCUGUGAAGAGAGCGUCGGACAACCUCGUCAAGGCAGCCCAGAAAGCAGCCGCCUUCCAGGAUCACGAGAACGAGACCGUGGUGGUGAAGGAGAAGAUGGUGGGGGGGAUUGCACAGAUCAUUGCUGCCCAGGAAGAGAUGCUACGCAAAGAGCGGGAACUCGAGGAGGCACGCAAGAAGCUUGCCAUGAUCCGGCAGCAGCAGUACAAGUUCCUGCCUUCGGAGCUGCGGGACGAAGGGCAGAACUGAGCCCCCCC